AUGGCGACUAAACUCCCCUUCCCGCCAUCCACACCCGGCGCCCAGGUGCGCCGGAAACGACGCUACACCUGCUGCACACGCAACUGGAGCUGGACUCCGAGCUGCCCGAGAGCUUCACGCAUCCCGGUUGCUAGGCGACGAGGUACCCGACGACCACCGGCAGCUCCUGCCACAAGUGGACCGGUAGCAGAGGUGAGACCGGCAGUUCCUGCCACAAAUGGAACAAUGGUCACGGCGACGGCUAAGAGACGGUUUGGAUUCAACGCGCCGAAAAGGGUCACGGGCAAAGUGAAAGAUGCGCCGAAAAAAGAAGGAGAGCAUGAGAAAGGUUGUACGGCUUCUGGCCCGGGCCCGUGUAGUGUGAUGGGGUGCUUUAGCUCGGUGUCAAAGCAUAGAGCAAAGUUCGAGCAGAUGUCGUCGCCGACGGUGGAGAAGUCGCCGGAGAUGAGGAAGGUGCCGGUUAAGCAGGAAAACCGACGCCCCGCCGCACCAACAAGAACAAGGCUCCCAGCACCAGCCCACAGAGCCGCCUUCCUCAAGUGCGAAGGAAACGGCCAUGGCUCCAUCGGCCGCCGCAUCAGACCCGCCCUCGCCGGCCUCUUCGAAGGCGGACCUCCUAACCACACCCUCGAGUCGAACAACACCGCCAGAGCACCCCCACUCCCCCUCACAGGCCGCCAUAUCCCCGCUCCAUCAUCCUCCCCAGACACCGCGGCAAAUACACUGCGCGCACCACAACCUGUCGUCACCGCCGUGCGAACAGUCAGUUCUCCAGCGCUCACCCGUGAGCAGGAGGUCCUCAGACGCCUCGAGGAGGCACACAGAAGCUCACCGGUGUUCCGCUGUGCGGGGCCGCGCAAUAUGAAUGACUACUCCGAGGGCGGGCUCACAAUGACGUAUUUUGGGGAUCCAGAGGGACUGGAGGAGUGUCCGCGGCGUGCGGGGAUACGGAAUUGGGUUAAGGGGACGUGGAAGAGUCUUAGGCUUACGGGCGGUGGGGAGGAGGCGAGGGUACUGGUGUUGCCGAGGGGGUGGCUGGAGGAGGGGGAGUAG